ACGCGUAAGUACGUACGUCUCACUGAAGUUUGAAACUGACGAAGGGACAAAAUAUUUAUUUCAAAGCUGACGCAAGGGCGCUAAAUACAAACGUACCAGAAAUAAAGUGUGAUUUAAAAUUCCUAUAUUUAUAAUAGCGUCUUCACAUUGAAGAAGCGCUUGGUAAAUUCACGCCAGGCUAAUUUAUUUGAUGAAACAAGCCAAGAGCUAGCCGUUAGCAUGCUAACUACGCAGCUUUAGAUGAAAACAUUAAACGUUUUUGGUUACGAAAUAUUUAUAAACCAUUAUAGCUGUGUCGAGCCCGAGGACUUUAUUUUGAGGAAUGGCUCCUCGGUUGCAGCUGGAAAAAGCUGCUUGGCGGUGGGCAGAGACGGUCAGACCAGAGGAUAUCACACAUGAACACAUCGCUUUAGCUUAUAGAAUCGCAUUGCUAGCAUGCAAGAGAGGGACAUGCAGGAGGAACUGUAAAGGGAAUCCUAACUGUCUAGUUGGAAUUGGAGAACAGUCAUGGUUGGGUGAAAUUGAUGAAAAUACUUUCCACAAUAUCGAUGACCCAAACUCAGAAAGGCGGGAUAAGAACACUUUUGUAGGCCUGACGAAUCUUGGUGCCACAUGUUACGUAAACACUUUUCUCCAGGUGUGGUUCCACAAUCUGGAACUCCGUAGAGCUCUUUAUUGCUUUCAGAAUUCCAGAGCGGAAGUGCACAACAUGGAUUCAGCAGAUUAUGAGCCAAGGACGAUAUGUGAACAUCUGCAGUACCUGUUUGCAUUGCUACAGAACAGCAACAGGCGGUAUAUUGACCCAUCAGGACUGGUAAAGGCUCUAGGGCUAGACACUGGUCAACAGCAGGACGCUCAGGAAUUCUCCAAACUCUUCCUCUCACUUUUAGAAGACACCCUUUCGAAGCAGAAAGACCCACAUCUCCAAAAUGUCAUCCAGCAGCAGUUCUGUGGACAGUUUUCCUAUGUUACUGUAUGCAACAAAUGUGGUCGUGAAUCCCCUCUGCCAUCUCGAUUUUAUGAGCUGGAACUGAACAUUCAAGGACACAAAAACCUCACUGAGUGCGUCACAGAGUUUCUGAAGGAGGAAAAGCUGGACGGUGAUAAUCGUUAUUUCUGUGAAAGCUGUCAGAGUAAACAGAACGCUACCCGCCGGAUCAAGCUCCAGAGUCUUCCCCGCACACUCAACUUUCAGCUCAUGCGCUUCGUCUUUGACAGGCAAAGCAGUCACAAAAAGAAGCUGAACACUUUCAUUAGUUUUCCAGAAGUUCUUGACAUGGGGCCGUUUUUGGAAGGGAAAGAUGAGAAGUGCACGUAUGAGCUCAGCGCGGUGUUGAUUCAUCGCGGCGUGAGCGCGUAUUCCGGUCACUACAUCGCUCAUGUAAGAGACGCCCACACCAACGACUGGUACAAAUUCAACGAUGAGGAGAUCGAGAAAAUGGAGGGCAAGAAACUUCAGUUGGGCAUUGAAGAGGACAUUGCUGAGACUGCCAAAUCUCAAACCCGAAAGCCGAAAUGUAGCAAAGGCUAUCACUGCUCGAGGAACGCUUACAUGUUGGUGUACAAACGGCAGGUGGAGGAGGACAACCAACCAGAAACCAGCAUCCUAGUACCAGCUUUUCUCCAGAAGCUGGUUGACCAGGACAACAAGAAGUUUGAGGAGUGGUGCAAUGAGAUGUCAGACAUGCGAAAGCAAAGCGUAGACAAAGGCAAAGCCAAACAUGAGGAGGUGAAGGAGCUCUACGAAUUGUUACCCGCGGAAGACGACCAGUCGUAUGACUUUGUGCCUCUGGAAUGGCUCAAGAAGUGGCUGGAUGAUUCGACAGCCAUCAAGGAAAUUGACAACAGCCAUUUUCUGUGCUCUCAUGGCAAACUGCACCCAGACAAGGUUGGCGAGGCCAAAAGAAUCUCCCCGAAAGCCGCUGAUCUGCUCUUUGGUCGCUACGGAGGAGGUCCCAGACUAGACCGGUCUUCUCUCUGCAGAGACUGUGUUGCUCAGCGAUGCAGGGUCCUCAGACUGAAAAACCAACUGAAUGAAGAUUACAGAGAGGUGACAAAUCUUGCCAAAGCCGCUUUGAAAAGUGAUGAGCCAGGUUUCUGGAUCGGGAAGACCUCUCUGAGGGCCUGGAGGCAGUUGGCUUUGGACCAGCUGGAGGAAGAUGAAGAGGAAACCAAACACAACAACAGCAAAGUUAAUGGAGAGAAGAGCAGCAGCCCGGGGAACAGAGCUGAUGGAUGUAAAGGGAAUAACGAAGAAGGGGACGGUGAAGAGAUGAAGAACUUUAAUGAAGACAUUCUAUGUUAUCACGGUGGUUUGAGUAUACUAGAGAGUGACCGGCGGCUGGUUUCUGCUGAGGUGUGGAAUAAACUGAGAGUGUAUUUCCCUAAGGCCCCGGAGUUUACACAACAACAACACGAGCCAUGUCAGCACUGCACGAGGCUAGAAAAAGAGGGGAAAGAGAACGAGGCUUUGAACAGAAUGAUGGCCAAUGAGCAGAAGACUUCUCUUCUAAACCUCUUCCAGGAAAAAAACCGACCCACGCUGCAGAAAUGGCCACAGGAAACAGAUGUCCUGUAUAUUGUACCCCUUUACUUUGUGGAUGAAUGGAGGAAAUUCAUAAGGAGGCCAGCAAAGGGUAACCCAGUGUCCAGUGUGGGCAACAGCAUUCUGCUUUGCCCUCAUGGUGGAUUCAUGUUCACAUAUGACUCCAUGCUACACGGAGACGCCCAACAUAUAGCUCUUCUCUGGCCCGAUGAAUGGGAGGUGAUCAACAAAAUGUUUCUAGUGGACCACUCCAUCUCUAUACGUAAGAUGCCUGACACAACACAAGACAACAGCGGUGUGUGUUACCAGACUCAACCAGACUUGUGUCGAGAGUGCCGAGAGGGCUUCAUUUUCCAACAGCAGAGAGACAUGCGGGAAUACGCGCAAGCCACUGUUUAUGUUCGAAAAGUCAUUGACAAGACAACUAUGAUUAAAGAGUCGGCCCCGGAGUUCAGUGUUAGUGGCUCGGACGUGGAGGAGGAGCGAGAAGAGCCAAAGAUCGAUGGAGAGAAAGAUCCAGACUUCAGUCAGGUAUUACAAAAGAUCUGUCUGUGUGUUUGGCUACGUUCCUGUCUGCCUGUCUAUGUAUGUAUCUGUCUCCUCACAGCAUCUUUGUCUUUUACGCUCUCUUCAAAUCAGUCUGAGGGCGGAGCCAAACGACAGAAGCUGGACGAAACCGCCUCCGUAUCCACGACCACCACAACUGCUGCUUCCAAGUCGGGCAUCAGGAGAAGCACGAGGCACAGGAAACUGCGAGGGGAGAAGGCCCUCAUCGUUUCAGCCAACCAGACUCUUAAAGAGCUAAAGAUCCAGAUCAUGCAUGCGUUCUCUGUCGCUCCGUUUGACCAAAACCUCUCCAUAGACGGACGCUGUUUGACAGACGACUCGGCAACUUUAGGAAGUCUUGGAGUUAUCCCAGAGAGCAUCAUAUGCCUUAAGGCUGAUGAACCCAUUGCUGAUUAUGCUGCAAUGGAUGAUGUGUAUCAAGUCUGUAUGCCCGAGGAAGGUUUUAAAGGCACUGGGCUUUUAGGACACUGAGGGAAGUUCUGAGUAUGGAACAAUGUUAAGCAAGGAUAAAGCUUGAAUUAGUCAGAUGUUCAUCAUUGGGAUAAUGUCUUUUUUUUUGUUGUUGUUGUUUUUUUGUUAUUGAAUGUUGAACUUUAAAGUGUUUUUUCUUUCAAACAUCAUGCUGGUUUUUAAUAUUGAAAGAUGUUCUGCGAGAUUUUGUGGUUGUGCUUGCCAUGACUGUGAAAAAAUACGGGUCGAGAUGUUCUCAAAGGACGUUCCAAAAAUCGGAAUUCCUCCUUGUUUGUUGCAAUGUCAUGUUCACAGAUUUUGGUCGGAUCAUAUAGUGUGUGUUAAAAAAUAAAUCUCUGUAAAUUAUAAAUUGAAAUAAGUUUUUUGUUGAAAAUAAUCUUGUGAUGGCACUGCAAUAGAGCUCUUACAUAUUUAAAAAUGCAUGAGCAACUAAAAUAUUAAAAAAUAUAUAGUCUUUGUUUGGUUUAUGUAAAUAAUCUCACCAAAACACAGCAGUGAUGAGAAGCCUGAAGAGAUGACAAUACAUAUGUUACGUUUCCAGAAGUGGAAAAUAUAACAACAUUGCUAAAUAGUUUAGACAUGUUCUGCUACUUGAAAUAUUAAGCAGACAUUUGUGUGAACUUUUCUGUAUGUUCUUUCAUAUGGGCAAUAAAUAUUCUUUUUACAUCUUCA